GAGAGAGAGAGAGAGAGAGCAUGUGCGUGUGUGUACGUGUGUACGUUUCUGCAUGUGCGUGUGUGUACGUGUGUACGUUUCUGCAUGUGCGUGUUUUACGUGAUUUUCUAGAUCUUUUGGGGGACAAUGAUUGCCAGUAGAGUAGUUCAGCCAUAGUUUACCACGUUCCCCGAAUUACCUCACGUGACUCACGUGACCCGACAUGGCGAAUCUGAUUGGCUAAUGCCUCUGAAAAAUCGCAAUAAAAGGCGACCCAAAGGGGAAGAUAAUCACUUGGAUGGAAGAAGCUGACCUUGCAAAAUGUCAAGACAACUUUCUGUACGCCGCGGCCGCAAGCCAAGGAUUUCCCCUGCUGUUCGGGACCUCUCGUUCAGCGACGUUGAUGACCCCCAGCCAUCGACGUCGGGAAUCCAACGCUUGCGGAAUGCCCCAGAUCCUCUUCUAUACCUGUAUUCUACAGACGAAGAGGAUUAUACACCUCCUCUGAAAUUGCCUAGGACUAGCGAUCUCUCUGAAGUUGAAAUCUCCACUCGAUUUGACGGUGACGACUCGGAUUGGGAGGGAUCCGAGUUCGAUACCGAAGAGUCGGGUGUGGACGACGACUCAGAUGAAGAUUUGACUAUGUCCCGCUGGUGGAUACCUCUUUGGACUCCGACGAGCCCCUCGCAGAAUACGUCAGACGACAUUGGGAGCAGGGAGAAUUUCGUCAGGCGUCACUGCUUCGAGGGGACACCGGGUGUGAAAGCACCCCUUGAAGACUCGUCGACCCCAUUAGAAGUGUUCACCAGUGUGUUCCCAGAGGAGUUGUUUCAGACCAUCGUGGACGAGACGAAUCGGGGUGGGAGGACACAACGGUGCGGGAAGUCCGCUCCUAUGUCGGCUUACGAUUCCUGA